GUUUCCUCACUGACGUCUGUCUCUUCUCACAUCUGUAAUUUUACCCUCUCAACUAUAUGUGAAAGAUACUAGGUAAAAAUGACUGACAGUGUUACUUAUUCCAUAUUGGCACUUUCUACUGCACCCCAAGCCCAGAAUGACUGCAGACCACAGCAAACAGCUUCUUCCAGAUCCCCUCUCUCUCGCUAUGUGGCGGUAGCUCUGGGGCUUCUGAGUGUCAUUCUAGUGAGUCUGCUGCUCUUCCAGGGGAUUAUGUGCCAGGGUUUCAAAUUCUCCACUUGUGCCAGCUGCCCUAGCUGCCCAGAUCUCUGGGUGAGGUAUGGUGACCACUGUUACUACUUCUCCGUGGAGAAGAAGGACUGGAAUUCUAGUCUGGAAUUCUGCUUAGCCAAAGAUGCACAUCUCCUUAUGCUCACAGACAACCAGCAGCAAAUGCUGAACAGAGUUACACUGACUGCAUUUCCAAAACUGGUUUGUUUUCUUCUGCGGCCCCUUGGCUCCAGUCAGCACUGGAGAGGGUGGAGUACCCCUGAGAGGCUGGACAGCAGCCACAGCACAGCCUACAAAGUGGAAUUCAACGUCUCCAUUUCAUUGAUGAGUGAAUACAAUUCAGAAGAGUUAAUGAACAAGUCCAAGGCUACAAAUCUAGCACAGCCAGACUUUGUAUUUAUUUAUUUUUUCAGAGCCAGAUUUUACACUCCACAUCACCCCACCUUUUUAAAGUCACUUAUAGAUAUACUGUAUUUGGCAGCUUCCAGAAUCCAUCUCAUGCAUGCUGAAAAAUAAGAUAAUUUUUCCAAUUAUUUGUCUUCUGGUGCCUUUUCUUUUCUAUACAUGUUUAGAAAAUUAUUUGAAUUUGAAAUCUGCAGUGUUCUUUAUAUGGCCCUUGGGAUUUAAAUAUUUUUUAAAAUAGUGAGAUGCUCACUUAUCUCUUUUUUCUAUCUUGGACUUUAAGACUUAUUUUAUUUUUGAGGAAAUAAAAACAAAAUUGAAAUUGAAUUGCUCUGUUCUUUCCUCAGUGUUCUGUUUAUACUAUGGCAACUGCCCUUUGCUGUUCUUUUUGCUCUUUGAAUUUAUCAUUAGAUCUUUAUAUAUGUUCAAAUAUUGAUUUUUUUUGUCAUUCCC